AAAGAGAAUGGGGCCAAGGGGGGGUCCAGUGUCCCUCCAUCUGUAACUCAACGCACCGCCUCCUCUUCCCCUGGAGGGUUCAAACUCAGGAGCAGGAUGAAGAUCAUCAGGAGGUCAGUUAGCAGUGGGUCUGGGGCAGAACGGAGAUCCAGCCCAGCAGCCAUGACCCUGAUCAGCCGCUACUCUCUGCGCCUUAGGACACACACUCUGGUCCGGACACAAACUGCAGUGAGGACACGCACCCUUGUCCAGAGCCCGGGGGGUGUGAAGAGGACCCCGUCCCUUGAACUGGUCUCAUUUGGCAGACACAAGCUACGACGUCUCUCCCCCAACCCCUCCAGGACAGGUCCCGCCUCUCUGUCGAUGCAUAGCCAAUUGUCUCAGCGGGUUUUCAGGACGCGCUAUAAGAUAGUGACGCGCCUGGGCGGAGCCAUCUCACACACACCCCACUAUAGCCACGCCUUCUCCUGGAGAGCCAAGAGGAUCCAUACAGCCAGGAGUGUGCUCCAGAGUCGUCUGCGUCCCCCCGGACAGGACAGGCACCCCCCGGCCCAACACUGGAGAGGCAGAGGGCUGGGCAUGCGCUGGAUUGGCGGAAACCUUUACAGCGUCUCAGCCAAUAAGCUGUCCCGCACUGUGACAACCAGUGCGCCAAUCAACAGGACAGUGCGGUUGUCCAGUCCACAGGAAGUCUCCCACACCACCUCUAGCACUCUCAUUCGGCCCUCCAGCACUCGUUUUGUGGCUAGUCGUGCGGUUCAGAGGAGUCUAGCCAUCAUCAGGCAUGCUCGUCAGAAGAAGUCCCAGAAGCAGUACUGUAUGUACUACAACCGCUUUGGCAAGUGUAACCGUGGCAACACCUGCCCUUACAUCCACGAUCCUGAUAAGGUGGCCGUCUGUACCAGGUUCCUGAGGGGUACGUGUAAGCAGACAGGUGGGACCUGUCCAUUCUCCCAUAAGGUGGCCAAGGAGAAGAUGCCUGUGUGUUCGUACUUCCUGAAGGGUAAAUGUAACAACAGUAGCUGUCCCUACAGCCAUGUCUAUGUGUCCCGCAAGGCUGCUUUGUGCCAGGACUUCAUCAGGGGAUACUGCCCUCAGGGAGAGAAGUGUAAGAAGAAACACACCCUGGUGUGUCCAGACUUCUCCAGUAGUGGCUCCUGUCCUCGAGGGGCCCAGUGUAAGCUCCAGCACCGUCAGAGGGCCAAACGCACCGCUCCUAACCCCAACCCCACCACAGGCCCCUCCGCUGCCCCGGCCAAGAAGGCCCGCACCAAGAGGCCUCGCCUGUCAGUGGUCCUACCUGAUAACCAGACGGCAGAAGGUUCUGCUCAGGCAGAUCCAGGGACACCCUCGCCUUCUUCCUCGGGUCCUCACAAGACCAAGCUCCCGUCGUUCAUCUCCCUCUCUAGCUCCCCCGAAGACACAGACGCCCUGGACAUGCCCCCUGCCGACGGAUCAGAGGUCACAGAGAGAAUACUGCAGAUCAAGCCUCGACUCUAGAACUACAGGAACUAGAAUGGAUACUGCCUGAACACCAAAUGAGCUUUGAGAAUACUACAGAGACGUAUGUAUUGAAUGCUUAUGGAAGCUCUGACGUUUCUCAGACUCAUAUCUGUGUCUGCUCUCAACCAUACUCAGGGUCUUUAAUGUAGCUAAACGUUUGCUUUAUGGACUCUUACAUUUCAUACAGCAAUGAUGUUUGUAAUGCAGAUUGAAUUGAUAUUUGAACAUGUUUAGUUUUUUUGUCAAUUGGAGCUUGAUGAAUUUCGAAUAAAAUAUUAUUACUGUA